CGGCGCCCGCGUCGUUUCCGAAGGUAGGAGGCAAUACUUUUCUCUGCAUGAGAGGACCGGCCAUUUAGUGACGACAGAACGCAUAGACAGGGAGCAGGUCUGCGGGCGGCUGCAGACAUGCCUGAUAAACCUAGAAAUUUUGGUAGAAUUCUCUAUGAAGGUUUUCAAAGUGGAUGUAGAAAUCACCGACCUGAAUGACAACGCUCCCAAGUUCCAACAAGAUAAACUGCAGUUUCGAAUCAGUGAAACAGCAGCUGUGGGAACGCGGUAUUUGCUAGAAGAAGCACAAGACGCGGACGUGGGGUCGAAUACACUGCAACGCUACGAGCUGAGCGGAGAUGAACACUUCGCUCUAGAUGUGCAAACGCGACCAGAUGGAUCGAAAUACGCAGAACUGUUGCUCUCAAAAGCCUUGGACCGUGAGGAAGUCGCCUUUCACGAUCUCGUGCUGACCGCGGUGGACGGCGGGGAUCCAGCGCGGACGGGCACGGCGCGGAUCCACGUGGUCGUCCUGGACGCCAACGACAACGCGCCGGUGUUCAGCCAGGCGGUGUACACGGUGCGCGUGCGGGAAGACGUGCCCGAGGGAUCGCGGCUGCUCACCGUGAACGCCACCGAUGCGGACGAGGGAACCAACGCAGAGCUGACUUACUCCUUGCUCAUGACGCCUGGUGGAGUGUCGAACCUCUUUCAGGUCAACGCCUUCAACGGAGACGUCGCGACGGCGGGUAGACUGGACUACGAAGAAUCGCCUCUGUAUGAGCUGGAGGUCCAGGCGAAGGACGGUGGGGACCUUUCAGCCAGGUCGAAAAUCCUUUUGAGCUUGAUUGACGUGAAUGACAAUGCGCCUCUAAUCACCGUGACGUCUGUCGUGAAUUCUAUUUCCGAGGACAGCCCCCCGGGGACUGUUAUCGCUUUAUUAAAAGUUAAAGACGAAGAUUCAGGAGCGAGUGGGCAGGUGAGACUGUCCCUUGCCGACACGCUCCCCUUCCGCCUGGAGAAGUCUUUUGAGGACUAUUACAGCGUUGUGACAUCAAGGGAGCUGGACCGCGAGGCGGUGGCGGAGUACAACGUGACGGUGCGCGCGACGGACGGCGGGUCGCCCUCGCUGUGGAGCAGCGCGAAAAGCACGUCACAGAACAAAAUUCACUAUGCAGUCUAUCGGGUGUACUAA